GCACGGGGCAGCUCCUCCCAGCACCCGGCCAGACGCAGGCGCAGCCAGUGCCCCAGCUCGUCCGCGCGCCUCGCGCCACCCUAACCUCUUCUCCGGGGCCCUCCGAGGACCGCGGUGAACGUGUUCGUGGAGGUGACUGGCACGGCCUUUGAGGCCACCGCCAGCGAUCGACAGCUUCCAGCACGACGGCCUUGGAGGUGAGGAUGGCGACCAACCUCUCAUCGCCCAGCAGCAGCUGCGCUGACUCCCCGAGCGGCCGCGGCGCGGCGCCACCGUCGCCCCUAACCUUCUUCUUCCUGCUCUUCUUUUCACCCGCCGUGUUUUGCUGAGACAAAAGUGUUUGUGUUUUCGAUUCGCGUUUGGUCUCGGACGACCUGACCUCGCCGAGGUGCCUCCUGGUGAGCAUGUCGGACACGGCGGCCAGCGCGCCACGGCACAUCGUGGCUAUUUAGCUUGAUAGCUAGUGCCGUUCCUGGUGAAAGUCACCAUGAUCGCGAAGAAGGGCGACAUGGUCAAGAGGCUGGUGCUCGUCGCGGUGGCCGCGAUGUGCUGGGCACAGCCCGCGGACGCCAACCCGGACGCCAAACGGCUCUACGACGACCUGCUCAGCACAUACAAUCGCCUGAUCCGCCCCGUGUCCAACAACACCCACACCGUGCUCGUCAAGCUCGGACUGCGCCUGUCGCAGCUCAUCGAGUUGAACCUGAAAGACCAGAUCCUCACAACCAACGUCUGGCUCGAGCACGAGUGGCAGGACCACAAGUUCAAAUGGGACCCGUACGAGUACGGGGGCGUCACCGAGCUGUACGUGCCGUCCGAACACAUCUGGCUGCCGGACAUCGUGCUCUACAACAACGCGGACGGCGAGUACGUUGUGACCACCAUGACCAAGGCCGUGCUGCACUACACGGGCAAGGUCCUGUGGACGCCCCCUGCCAUCUUCAAGUCGUCGUGCGAGAUUGAUGUGCGCUACUUCCCGUUCGACCAGCAGACGUGCUUCAUGAAGUUCGGCUCGUGGACCUACGACGGCUUCCAGAUUGAUCUGCAGCACAUCAACCAGAAGGUGAACGAGAACAUGGUCGAGGUCGGCAUCGACCUCAAGGAGUACUACCCGUCCGUGGAGUGGGACAUCCUGGGCGUGCCGGCCGAGCGCCACGAGCGCUACUACCCGUGCUGCAACGAGCCGUACCCCGACAUCUUCUUCAACAUCACCCUGCGCCGCAAAACGCUCUUCUACACCGUCAACCUGAUCGUGCCGUGCGUCGGCAUCAGCUACCUGACGGUGCUCGUCUUCUACCUGCCGGCCGACUCAGGCGAGAAGAUCGCCCUCUGCAUCAACAUCCUGCUGUCGCAAACCAUGUUCUUCCUGCUCAUAUCCGAAAUCAUACCGUCCACCUCGCUGGCGCUGCCGCUGCUCGGCAAGUACCUGCUCUUCACCAUGUUCCUGGUGGGCGUGUCGGUCGUCAUCACCAUCAUCGUGCUCAACGUGCACUACCGGAAGCCGUCCACGCACAAGAUGGCCUCGUGGGUGCGGAAGCUCUUCAUACGCUGGCUGCCCAAAGUGCUGCUCAUGCGUGUGCCCGACACCAUGCUGGCGGAUCUCGUCGGCAACAGACGACUGUUCCGCCUCUCCACCAAGAAGGCCCGGCAGAUGCAGACCUCGGCCUCGCAGGUGGUGGCCUCCUCCUCCACAGCCUCCUCACCCGACUCGUUCCGCCUGCCGCCGGGCCGGCCCGGGGGCUGCAACGGCCUCCACUCCUCGGGCGCCACCAACCGCUUCGCAGGCCUGUCCUCGGUGCUGGCCGGGCUAGACGACAGUCUAUCGGACGUGGCCAUCCGGAAGAAGUACCCCUUCGAGCUGGAGAAGGCCAUCCACAACGUGCUCUUCAUCAAGCACCACAUGCAGCGCCAGGACGAGUUCGACGCGGAGGACCAGGACUGGCGGUUCGUGGCCAUGGUCAUGGACCGGCUCUUCCUGUGGAUCUUCACGGUCGUCUCGCUGGCCGGCACCUUCAUGAUCCUCUGCGAGGCGCCGUCGCUCUGGGACGAGACCAAGGCCAUCGACACGGAGCUGUCCAACGUCGCCCAGCAGCAGUACCUGCCCGACUUCGCCAGCAUGUCGCACGCGGCCGGCGGCGUGGAGUAGAGGCCCGGCCGGACUGCUCAAUGCUGCUGCUGCUGCCCCCCUUCGACUGCCGUUGUUUCGUUUUGUCCCGUUGCUCGCCCGUGCCGCAUGGCACUGCGGGGAGCAGUUUUCUAAGGCCCGACGCGCGGAUCCGUGCUAGGCCGACCGCACAUUUUAAGAUAAAGUGCCUCUCGAAAAACGACCUCUCGUUUUACCCCAAGAUGGGUACAAUCAAGGAUUUCGCUCACGUCAUAUCGAUCCUACUCUCUCUGUCAAAAUCAAACCAACGAAGUCUUGCAACGGCCAAAGUCGUGCCAAAUAAGUGAGGCGCUCAGGAGGACAAUGCGUCAUGAUUACUUCCAAACGCUCAACGAAUUAAAUAUCAUUUUCUUUUUUAAAAAAUUUACUUAUAGUUAAAAGAGGUGUAAAAGUGCGAAAACAUAAAAACCUAACAUUCAGUACAAACCUCAUAUUGUAGGAUUUGAACUUAAAGAUUAAUUAAAUAAAAGUUUCAACCUGCUUCAUUAAACAAGUACUUAUUGCUUUCAAUUUGCUUCGAGCGUGUAUUACACGGAGUCUCGAUAUUUGUCGCCGCUACGUUUAGUGUGGGUAAGCUUGGGUAAGUGUACGGCGCAUGCGUUCGCUGCUGCCGUGCUCCGAUCUCCCUACUCCUCCGGCAGGUGAGUCGGUGAGCCGAAACGUGCAAUUUUCCUAAUAUUACCUCACACGAUACAUUAAGUGAGGCGCUAAUUACCGAGGGCCCACUGUAAUAAGAAAAUAAUUUAAAGACUUGAUGUAAGUACACAAACCAUUUAAAAGCAAUCAUUUUGCCUUAUAGUUGCGUAACUUUUAAAUAUUUAAUAAUGUUGUAUACGGCUUUUCUUAAAAAGUCAAAUUUUAUCUGUUGACAAAUUCAAAUCUAAACCUGUUUGUAAAUAAAAUAUUAGGGCGAGGUAAAUAAAAAUAGUUAAAUGAUUCAUUAGCAGACACGGUGGCUGCUUACUGUACAUAUGUAUGAUAAAACGUAAUUAGAGCACAACGUUCCUAGACUGAUUUUAAGGUGCUCUGACAAAUCUUUUUCUACAAUCAAUUCAUGGAGAGGACGGCAUCGAGCGUUUCAGAAAAAUUAUACGUAAACUGCCGACAGAUGUGUGCACUCUAAAUGUAAAGGGACAACUUUGUAUCAAGCUUCGAUGUGUGCUUUCGCGCACAUGAAAAUCAGAUACAAAUUUGCCUUUAGGUUAGAGAAAAUUUGGUGUUUGUACUUGUUAGCUGUCGGUCCAAAUUAUCUCACCAUACAGACAAAUGUGCACAUUUGUGAGUCACACAAGUGUGACUCACAGGAGCACGAAUACAUCUAACCUAGGGACAAAAAUUGUCCCUCUCGAUUUAGAGUGGGGACGCGGAACCUCCCUCAGUGAUACCGGCCGGUAUGAAGGAGAUUCACGCGCCCACAUUUUUUUGUACAAUCAUGCUGUCUCAUCUCAGCGAGAACGUAUAAUAAAUGUUGUUUCCAAGUACA